GAGAGCAACGCAAUGUAAUAGCAAGUGAUUUUCCAUAAUAACCGGAAACAAAAUAUGUGUUAUACAACAGGAAAUCGAAGUUGCUGAAAGAAUUGACACUUACAAAUAUGCCGCUUCAAUCGAAGUAGGACAGGAAGACAACUGUCUGAACAUAAUGACUGAAAAAACGCUGGUAUUGGAGGGUCUGCCAGACGACAUAGACAAAAUCAGACCCAAGUUGGAUUUGCACUUCAAAAACAAAAGAAAGUCUGGAGGAGAGACAUUACAAAUUCAAUAUUAUCCUGGGGACAAGAGGAAGGCUUUGCUUGUUUACCAUGAAGAUGCAGCUCUGCAGAAAGUGUUGGAUAGAAAAUGCCAUAAAAUUGAUUUCAAAAUCCCUUUUGGGGUGGUUGAGCUUCGAGUGAAACUGAAGGAAGAUGGCGGUGAAACAGAAGUGAAGAAAGUUAAACCACCAGUCUUCCCUCGCCCUACAAAAGACAAACUGACUUCUCUAGGAAAGUCUUCACCUAAAGUUGUAGAGAAGCCAGUGUCCGAGAGUCUAGCGGAUUCAGUGACGGAUAAUGACAUUAAAUUACUACUUGUCAGAACAACCAAGGAAUGUGAAAAGGAGGUCCUUAACUUGUAUUUUGAGCAGUUUGCUUCAGAGGAAGGAGAGGUCAGCAUUACAAGACAUGGAAAGAAUAGAUGGGUCCUUAAACUGUCCUGUCAGUCAGAUGCAGAGAAAGUCCUUGCCAAGAAGGAGCAUCAGUAUGGCAUUUCUGUGGAGAUGUACAAUGAGACAGCUGUUGAAGGGAAACUGGACAAAAGACGCUUCAUCCUGACUGGGUUCAACGAGACCUGCAAGUGCGACAUUGUCUCUCUAUACAUCGGCAGCUGCAGCCAAGGGGCUGAACAUGUCUGGGAGACCCUUGACGAUGGAGAAAGAGUAGUGGUCACCUUCAAACAGGACAUUGACAUCAAGUCCUUCCUUAGGAAAUGCUUGUCAAAGAAGUUCCAGGGCAUGGAGAUUGGGGCUUGCCGUUUAGAGCUGACAGACUCUGUCCUUGUCCAUGGGGACAUGAGCCAAUUCAAAGGAGAGGUGGAGGAGGCCCUGAAUCUCUACUUCUCCAGUAGGAGGAGCAAAGGAGGGGCUAUCAGGUCCCAGAUUUGGGUUACAAAUGGCAAGAGCAUGGUCAUCACCUUUGAAGACUGUCAUGUUGCCCAUCAGGUGGCAGAACACAAGCAUCAUUUUGGUGGGGUCGACCUCAUAGCUCAGCUGUUCUACUCCAGCCUGCAGAAGGCUUUGACGGGACAAACAGCCCUCCUCCCAGACAUCCCCACUGAAGUGACCCUUCCACUCAGUGUGGAACUCCUUGACUUCAUUAACCAUGACGAGACCCGCAAGCAGGAAAUUACAACUGGACUCCUUAGGGUCCAUGCUAGAGUUUCCUUCAACAUCAGUACAGAACCCCCUCAGAUGGAACUGAACAUGACCAUGGAGAAUGAGUCUUUGGGCAUGCUCAGAUUGUUCCCUACAUGGGAGAGGAAAGCCCGGAGACAGGCUCUGGCCUUGCUAAAGAAAUAUAAAGAGGUUCAGCUGCCCAUAGAGGUGAAGGCCUGGGAAAGGAUCGAGAGCGGUUGCCUUGGCCUCAAAUCCCCUGGUGCUAGCAUCUCUUACAGGAGCACCAGUGCUGAGAUAGUGGUGGUGUGUGUGCAGAAUGAGGCGAAGACCCUAGUGGAGAAGAUUGAGCAAAUGGUGAAAAAUGCUAGUGAUGAGCUCGAGAGGGAGAGGAACACGGUAUUAAGAAAAAUCCCACUGGACUCUAAGGAAAAGCUUGAUUUCAUUUGUGAUCUCGUCUCUGGUAAACUAGUGGACGUAGGGUUUUCUAAAGAUGAAGAAAGCUUUAUCAUCUGCCUAAAGGGUUUGGAGAACCAGGUGAGCACAGCAGAAGGUGCCGUGAAAGAGGCCCUGGGGAAAGUUGAAGCCAAACUCCUUGAGAUAUCAAUGCCUCUGGUGGAGUUCCUAAAGUCUGUGGACCUGAAGAAGAUUGAGAAGAACCACUUUGCCCAGAACAACAUAUCGUCUGUGUUCCUCCUUGGUAAUGAUUCCAUCCAGAUCCUGGCAGAUAGAACUGACAUCCAGAGAGCUGAAGACAAACUACACGAGGUCAUCAAAGAGGAAGUCAUCAAACUCACACCAGACCAAACCCACGUGACAAAGGGCGAACAAUGGCUGCAGUUCUUUGCCGGACUCGACGGGGAGCUCAAAUCCACCAAGAACAACCACAAUGUCAUCAUCUCAGUUUCACAGGAGAAGAUCGUUGUCUGUGGAUUCUCCAAUGUUGUAGCAGAUGUGUCAGGGAAAUUAAGGGGAUACCUGGAUAACAAGAAGCCAGAAACAGUGGACGUCCCUCUCAAAUCAGUGCAGGAAGUACAGUAUGUGGCCUCUUGUAUGAAACUCUCAGAGGUCCCUGAAAUUAAGGCCCUUGGCGUGACUAUACUACCAUGCAAAACACAAGGAUCCCCUUGCCUGAAGAUCACUGCAGCGAGGGAUAAAAUCAAAGAGGCCUUAGAUGCAGUGAAACAGCAGGUCAGUACAAUAACGACAGAGAAGUAUACCUACUCCGAAGCCGGCAAGUCCAAAGUCCUGGAGAAGAACCGAGUUGCUCUGCAGGCUAAGGCCAAGGAUUUAGGGUGUAAGCUCUACCUAUCACCAUUGAUUACCCACUGCCAGAAAUACAGCUACGACAUAGAAGGGUGCAUCACUUUAACCGUGGGUCAGGGUAACAUCUCUCAACAUGCGGCAGAUGCUCUGAUCUGCCCUCUGAGCAGCAGCCUGGCCUUCGAUACUCAGAUCGCCAAGCAAUUCCUUCAGAUGGGUGGGCCUGAGAUCAGGAAGGUGUGUGACAAGUUCCUGAAGGAAAGGCAAACUCUACAGGCGGGAUAUGUGGUCUUGUCCAACCCAGGAACCCUUGGAACUAAACACCUCAUCUAUGCAGUCAUUCCUGUAUUGGGGGAGGCUUCCACACCUCUCAACAUUGUCUAUCUGCAGUCUGCUGUCAGGGACAGUUUAUUGGAAGCAAAAAAAAUGAAGUGUGUCUCCAUAGGCAUGCCAGUGAUGGGGUAUGGCACCUUUGGUUUUUCUGUCAAAGAAAGCUGUGUAGCAGUUAUCAAGGGAAUCCUAGAUUUCAUCAACGCUGAUCAGAAACCCCCCCAACUGAGGAGCAUAUUUGUGAUCGACUCCGAUGCCAAGCUAGUGGGGGAGUUCCAAUCAGCUAUUGAAGGAAAGGGUUAUCGUCGUCAACAAAAAAACAGCAAACCAGCAAAAGGCACAACUCCAACUUCUCCCCCUGCAGCCAACGCCUCACAUAACACACCUCCACCACCACCCCUAGCGGCUAAACCAGUGAUUAUAGGUGGCGUGUCAGUGAUCCUGAAGAAGGGUGACAUCACCAAAGAGACAGUGGAUGUCAUAGUGAAUUCUAACAACCAAAAUCUGGAUCUGAACUCUGGGGUUUCUGGAGCCAUCCUGCAAGCGGCUGGGAAAUCUGUAGCAGAUGAAUGCAAAAUAAUUGGUAUGCUGAAGGCCGAUGGUGUUGUGCUCACUUGUGGUGGGAACCUAAACUGUAAAAACAUAGCUCAGAUGGUUGUGCCCAAGAAUUCUGCAGGUAUCAUCACCUCCAUAGAGAAGGUCCUUCAGCUGUGUGAGAGCCAGAAUGCAGCCACAGUGUCCAUCCCUACUAUUGGCACAGGGAAAGGUGGCAUUGAACCCAAAGAUUGCAUCGAGGCCAUUCUAAAGGGACUGGAGAGCCACACGUCACAGAUGACCUCAUCCAGCAUCAAAAUCAUUUUCAUAGUGGCCUUUGAGCAGAAGAUCUUUGACUCCUUGAGAAAUUACUUUAACAAAAGGAACCUGCCCCCACACAAAAUCAAGCAGGCUGCAGCCACACCUUCUCAGUCCAGUCUUCCCCCAAAUCACGUUAAGAUCCAUGGUGUCAGAAUUGAAUUGAGGAAAGGCAACAUUACUCAAGAAACUGUCAGAGGCAUUGUGAAUAGCACCAACGCUGAUAUCAGCUUCACAGGAGGAGUUAGUGCGGCGAUCAUCAAAGCAGCUGGGAACGCAGUUGAACAGGAGUGCAAAACCAUUUGUCCUCUGACGGCUGAUGCAGCAGGGGUGACCAGUGGCGGGGCCCUUCAGUGUGACUUCAUCAUCCACAUACUGGGGCCCCACUCUGUGGCUGAAGCUACACGACGAGUCACCAAGGUCCUGGAGUGCUGUGAGGACAAACAGAUCACCACUGUGUCCUUCCCUGCUCUUGGCACUGGUGGUGGUGGCCUUAGCGGCACAGACUCUAUUGGUGCCACCCUCCAGGGCAUCCAGGAUCAUCUAUCACUGUGCUCCUCCUCUACCAUUAUUAAACUGAUCUACAUCGUCAUCUAUGAGGACAAGAUCCUGCAGGAGUUUCAGCUGGGGCUCAACCAGUGGAAGACAGACCAGAUGGUUGAAGACAACAGUGACUAUGAUCUUGAGGAUGAUCUUUAUGGUGAUGAAGAUGACAGUGUUAUAUGGAACACUAACUCUGAGGAAGAUGACACCAGUGUUCAGACAGGAAACACAAUUGAAGCAAUAAUUGGGCCAGUGAAGGUCAAGGUAGUAUGCGGUGACAUCACUAAGGAGAAAACGGACGCCAUCGUCAGCAGUACAAACACGAGCCUCGAUCUGAACUGUGGUGUAUCAGGAGCCAUUCUAAAAGCGGCUGGACAGACAGUCGUGGACGAGUGCAAAGCCUUAGGGACCCAACCCAGUGAUGGUGUUGUCAUGACCAAGCCUGGGAAUCUCAAGACCAAGCACAUCAUCCACAUGGUGGGACAGACCAAGGAGAAGGACAUCACCAGCUCCAUGCUUAAAGUGUUAAAGAUGUGUGAAGACGAGAAAAUACAAUCGGUCUCUUUCCCAGCGCUCGGAACAGGUGCUGGUAACUUGGGAGCAGUGCAGGUCGGGAAUGCAAUGAUGGCCGCAAUAACUGAUUUACUGAUAAGCGUCAGAACUCCGUCAGUUACAACGAUUCACAUUGUUAUAUUCCAAAACAAGAUGAUAAAGGACUUUGAGGAGGUUAUGAAAACGUUCAAGAAGGUGAUCCCCAAGGCUGCAGCCAAAAAGUCAUCAAAAACUGCCAAAACCACCAGACCAACCCAGCCCAUCCCUACCAAACCAGCCCUGUUUUUGGCCAGUGCCACAGCAGCCGUGGUUUUCCCCAGUAUGGAGGUUGUGGUGUAUGGGCCCUCCCCUGCCAGCCUGACCAAGGUGAAGAAACUCCUGGACGAGCUGAUCUCUGAGGAGUGCAUUAGCCAGGACCUUCUCUCCAGCCACCUGCCCUUGCUCCUGGAGGCCCAGAAGGAGGCCAUCGUGGCCCUGAGCCAGAAGAACCAGGUCCAUGUGCUGGUGGCGUCCCCAGACAAGAUGACCAUCUCUGGGAAGAAAGACGACGUUUUCUCGGCCGUCCUCCAGAUUAAGGACUAUCUGCAGGGGGCAAGGGACAGGGAGAGCCGGGAGGGAGAGGAGAAGAGGCUGAGGGAGACAGUGCGCUGGGAGGCGGGGGAGGGAGAGACCUGGGGAGAGCUGGACUGUAGUCUAAGCUAUGAUCUGGAGCUGGCCUUCCACAAGAAAGAGAAGCUUUUUAAAUAUAACCACCAGGGGGAGACAUUCACUGUGGACCUGAAGGACAUGCAGCAGACUGACAGCAAAGGGACCAUCACCAGGGUCAAAAGGAGCCUUGUGGCGGACUCUGAAACAGCCGUCAUUCAGUUCCCACAGAGCUGGACUAGAAUGGAGGGCAAGGAUCUGGAGAUCGUCACACUGGCUUCCAAUUCAGCAGAGUACCAGAGAAUUGAGAAGGAGUUCAUUGCAACCAGCAAGAACCCAAAUACUAAUACGCAGCCAACCAUUCAAAUUAUUCAGAUCCAGAGGAUUCAGAGCAAAGACCAGUGGCAGAGGUACGCAGUGAAAAAACAGGCGAUGGAUAAGAAGUAUCCCAAAAACAAGAACGAGCUGAAUCUUUACCACGGAACAACCAAAGACAUCUGUCAGAAAAUCAACACCUGUGGUUUCAACAGGAGCUUCUGUGGGAGAAACGCUACUGCAUACGGCGACGGGACUUACUUUGCCAAAGAGAUGUGGUACUCGUGCCACGAUACAUACUCCAAACCAGAUGCCAGUGGGCUGAAGUACAUGUACCGUGCCAGGGCACUGGUGGGUUCACCCUGCCUGGGGGUGCAUGGCAUGAAGGAGCCGAACCCCCUGAACCCCGCUGACCUCCGCCAGGGGCUACAUGACUGUGCCGUCAAUGAUCUGCAGAAUCCAUUUAUCUAUGUGGUGUUCUGUGAUGCAGGUGCCUAUCCAGACUACCUCAUCAGCUUCAAGACCAUCUGAGAGAUGGGAAUAUUAUUUUAAGGGCUGCACUGAAACAACAAUUAAAAACUUGUCAAGUACUUAGGCAAGUAGACCUAAUGCCUUAAAGUGGAGUAUUGAUAUUUUCUUAGGUAUGAGGCUCUUUAACCAGGUCGAAGCUGUGACAUGUUUAGUUUAUUAGAAUCCCCAUUAGCUACUGCACAUGCAGCAGCUACUCUACCUGGGAUCCACAUAACAUGUACAAAUACAUGACAAAGUACAGAUAAGAACAUAAGAUAUUAAAAUAAGUUAUAGUUGAAGUCGCUAGUUUACAUACACCUUAGCCAAAUACAUUUAAACUCAGUUUUUCACAAUUCCUGACAUUUAAUCCUAGUAAAAAAUUCUGUGUCUUAGGACAGUUAGGAUCACCCCUUUAUUUUAAGAAUGUAAAAUGUCAGAAUAAUAGUAGAGAAUGAUUUAUUUCAGCUUCUAUUUCUUUCAUCACAUUCCCAGGGGGUCAGAAGUUUACAUACACUCAAUUAGUAUUCGGUCGCAUAGCCUUUAAAUUGCUUAACUUGGGUCAAACGUUUUGGGUAACAUUCCACAAGCUUCCCACAAUAAGUUGGGUGAAUUUUGGCCCAUUCCUCCUAACAGAGCUGGUGUAACUGAGUCAGAUUUGUAGGCCUCCUUGCUUUCUAUGGGAUUGAGGUCAAGGCUUUGUGAUGGCCACUCCAAUACCUUGACUUUGUUGUUCUAAAGCCAUUUUGCACAACUUCGGAAGUAUGUUUGGGGUCAUUGUCCAUUUGGAAGACCCAUUUGCGACCAAGCUUUAACUUCCAGACUGAUGUCUUGAGAUGUUGCUUCAACUACAUGAUUUUCAUUCGCCAUGAUGUCAUCUAUUUUGUGAAGUGUACCAGUCCCUUCUGCAGAAAAGCAUCCCCACAAGAUAAUGCUGCCACACCCGUGCUUCACGGGUUGGGAUGGUGUUCUUCGGCUUGCAAGCCUCCCCCUUUUUCCUCCAAACAUAGCGAUGGUCAUUAUGGCCAAACAGUUCUAUUUUUAUUUCAUUAAACCAGAGGACAUUUCUCCAAAAAGUACGAUCUUUGUCCCCAUGUGCAGUUGCAAACCGUAGUCUGGCUUUUAUGGCGGUUUUGAAGCAGUGGCUUCUUCCUUGCUGAGUAGCCUUUCAGGUUAUGUCGAUAUAGGACUAGUUUUACUGUGGAUAUAGAUACUUUUGUACCCGUUUCCUCCAGCAUCUUCACAACGUCCUUUGCUGUUGUUCUGGGAUUGAUUUGCACUUUUCGCACCGAAGUACUUUCAUCUCUAGGAGACAGAACUUGAGCAGUAUGACGGCUGCGUGGUCCCAUGGUGUUGAUACAGAUGAACGUGGUACCUUCAGGUGUUUGGAAAUUGUUCCCAAGGAUGAACCAGACCUGUGGAGGUCUAAAAAAACAAAAAACAAUUUGUAGGUCUUGGCGGAUUUCUGAUUUUCCCGUGAUGUCAAGCAGAGGCACUAAGUUUGAAGGUAGGCCUUGAAAUACAUCCACAGGUACAUCUCCAAUUGACUCAAAUGUCAAUUAGCCUAUGAGAAGCUUCUUAAGCCAUGACUGAAUUUUCCAAGCUGUUUAAAAGCACAGUCAAUUUAGUGUAUGUAAACUUCUGACCCACUGGAAUUGUGAAAUAAUCUGUAAACAAUUGUUGGGACAAUUGUGUCAAGAAAAAAGUAGAUGUCCUAACCGUCUUGCCAAAACUAUAGUUUAACAAGAAAUGUGGAGUGGUUGAAAAAUGAGUUUAAGACUCCAACUGUAAAUAUAGAAAAGACAGACAACAAAAAUACUUCUUAUAUACAGUUGUAUACAGCCUCAAUGGUUGUUUGUUUUUGAAAUGAUCAUGACAAUGUUAGCUGGGUCAUUCCACCAAUUCAGUGCCUUUUGAGAAGUGUAACUUCACCUAAUUUUAACAUGAUCAUAAGAGCACAUGCAUGUUCAAGAAGAGUUGUUUUCCCCAUUUCAAGGGGUUAAAUAAAGUACUAUAGUAAUCUUAAAUCAGCCAUGAAAAUAGAAGCUUGUUGUGUGCAAGGAGGGGCAAUUGAAUGCAAGCUUACAUUUCGUAUAACAUUUCUAGCCAGUCUAUGGGGAACAGGGUUGACAUGCAUUGCUCGACCUACUCAGUUUUCUACCACAACACUAGCAAAUGAACAGUAGAACCAGCUCACCUGCUUUUACACUGAUUUGACUUUCUUUUCUAAAGAAAUAGUUUGACCAUAUUAAAACGGGAGUUCACAUAACAGGGUGACCUUAAAAUUAGGGACAGAUGUAAAUUAAUCAGUAUCCUGUGAUAUAUAUAGACACACAACUGUAGGUCAUAAUUACCAUUUUAUAAAGCACUGCUGCGAAAGCAAGAAUCUCAAAUCAAUUGUAUUUUGCACAUCUGUAACCAAUAAAGAUCUGAUUGAGUCACUGUUA